UGUACGUGGUUUGUGAAAAUGUGGAGAUGUGUUGGCCUCCUGCUGUUUUUAGGACAAUGUAUUAUAGUUUGCUCGGAAUCCAGCGAUACCCCAAGCACACGUAAUACCAGAAACACAGAAUGCUGCCCUUGUCCAGAGGGUAGAAAUGCUGAUCUCACUGCGUCGGCAACUACUCAUUUCAAUGAUGAUUGCCCGUGCAAGGCACGAAGUGCCGAUUCUGAUCCUGCAGCAUCAAUUUUCACACCAAUCUUUCGUACUGCUCGUCCACCCGCUAGACAAACACAACAAAAUGAUAUGAAGCCUUUAUUAGAACCGGAAGUAGGUCUUGCGUCUUCGGUACUUGAAACUUUGCGAGAAGCUACUGAAGAAGAAUACCAAGAAGCACUGGCUAGAGAUGCUGCCAGGAAUGCUUUACAGGAUGAUAUAAAUAAACAUGUUAAAAUCGUAGUGAAUCAUGACCCUCGAGAGGCUGAUGCUGAGCCAGAAGCUUCAAACAGUCAUUCCGUAAGGUGUGCUGAUCCUUUAGAAAAUAACUUUUUGGCACGCAGCUCUCUUGAUUAUCCUAGUAUUGGACAAACGCCGAUUCCUGACAGAUUCCUAAUAUAUAAAAGGCCCCUGCAAAACAAGUUCAAAACACCCGUUCCAGAACAAGAUUUAUUUGUUUUGCCUACAGACAAUUUAAAUAAAUUUAUACAAGGAUCUGAUGACUUACCUGUUACGUCUUUAUUGCAUGCAAGAAAUAACCUACAAAAGCAAUUGGAUUUAAGACAUAUGUUUAAUUUAGAUAAACUUGCAUCACUUCUUCCGAAUGAAAUAUUAAGUGGAAGGAAUAUAAUAAUACCAGGUAGGAUAAACAAUUUACCAGGUUAUAACCCUGAAUAUCUUUUAGAUGUAGCGUCGGCUGAGACGGAAAACAUAAAACAUUGUGUAACUGAAGAUAAAUCAAAUAAUAGUGAAGGGACUGUUACAACAAAAAUAUUAAACAUUCUUCCAACACAAAACAACCAUGAAAUUCAACCAAAAACCUCUGAAGAUUCAGAUUUUCAUGAAGAAAAUAUAUUUAAUGAAGGAGACGGCACGGUUGAAGAAAGUCGUGACAAUUUCAAGACGGCUUUUUCUCCUGAUAUUAACGGCUACAAGAGUUUGCCAAGCUCCUUAGAUGGUGAAGAUUUAGACCCACAAUUCAAAACUGAACAUUUAACCUCACUAGAUGAAGAUAUUCCUUCAAUUAAGGGAAGUAUUAUUAAAACUUUUGAAGACUUUAAGGAAGCAAAUGCUGCCAUUCACGAGAACUUAAAAUCAAGUCUUGAUAAUGUUUUAAAACUAAAUUCAGCUCGUACGGAAUCUAACGGUGAUUAUAUCACACGAGCUGUUCCUGUUACACUCGAUGCUCAAGCAAGGAAAAAUAAACUUGAAGAGUCGCCUAGGUUAAAAUAUGCCGACCAAGACGCUCUUUUAAAAAGCUCUGAUGCGUUAGUUUCAAACAAGUUAGAUAACCAAAACCAGCAAAUAACAAAUUUACAUUCAAAUCGAGAAACUGAUCAAAGAAAUGCUGAAAGUCAGACAAAAACAGAUAUAAUGGAAAAGGACAGUGAAAAUAUUGAUACAUGUUUGGUGUAUGGCAGAAGCCAAAGCAAAAAUGCAAACAGUGAUCUAAGUGAAAUGAAAAUGGCUGCAAGUGAACCAUUCAAUAGGCGAUAUGGAUUUUCACAAAACAGUUUAGAAAAUAGACCUCAAAAAUCUAUUUAUUUACGGGACCCAAUAAAGAAUGUAGAGGAUAUAAAUUUAGAUAUAUUCGAUUUUCAACCAUUCUCUUUGGAUCAAGAUAAUACAAAAAAUGCAAUUAAUUCGUUACCACGGUUAAAUAUGAAAUCUUAUAAAACUAGAGUACCGAUACUUCAGUCGUUGGAUUUAAAACCUGUCAAGUUACAAAAGGCCUUUAGAAAAGGUAAUGAUGUACUGGGAGCUGUUUUAACGAUCCAACCACAUUUUGAAGGAAAAAGCAACAACAUGGUAUCAUCUCAAAGUAGGAGUAGUGAUAAUAUUUUUAAUCAUCCCUUGGGGAUGCUACCAAAUUUUAAUGAUUUACGAUCAUUUUUAGAAAAUAGUGCAAAACAUAUACUGAAGUUACCACACCUAUCAAGAAAUGUUGGAAAUUUGGAUUCCCCACUCAUCAAUAUAGAAGACGCUGCAGAUAACCUAAGAACAUACACAGAAGAUACGUUAAAAAACGUUCAACAGUCUUUGGGAAAUACAUUGCAUAACGUUCGGGACAGAGAUCGCACUAUAUUAGGAGAUGCACUUCUUAAUCCAAAUGGCUUAGUUGAAUCGUUAUCUAAAAAUAAUUUAGAUGUGAACGAGAAGCUACAGGACUUACAGAUAAAUCUAAAUGAUAGAUUGCAAAGAAUAUUUGACCAAUCUAGAUCAUCUUCCAACAUACAGCCAUCAAACUCACGGUACAAUUUAUAUCCCAAAAAUAUUCCAAGUCAAAGGAAACAAACAAAUACAGACCAAAAAUUAUUAAGUAACAGAAUAAAUCAAAAUAGACCUCUUUCUAAGAUAUCUUCAAAUAGAGAGAGUACCAUUUUGCAUCGAAAGCUAAAUCCAAAAGUCUCAAUACAGAGUCAAAGGGUUUUCGAAAAUACAAAUCUCCCUGUUAGAAAAGUAGACAAACCCAUUACUUUACAGAAUGCACGAUUUAGCAAAACGGUUGAAUCAAAUCGCAAUUUACAAAGAGUAUUUCAACCCAAGGAAUAUAAGAGCGUUCCUUCACUUACUUCAAAGAAAGCAUCGAUACUAGAAUCGCUUACAAACAAAAAGCCUUUAUUGCCAAUAUUGGAAAAAAAAUUGUCUAGAAACAGUCAACCCGAUCGCAAUUUCUUAACACGAAAUACACUAACACGUGAGCAAAAAACUUCACCAAGUGAAAGUGUAUAUAAAACUGUACCCGAAGAAACAGCCAGAGACAGUGUACACGCCAAAAACAUCGAUGACAAAAAAUUUAGGGCAGCACUGCCCCCAUCAAUUUUGAAAAAAUCAUUCUUACCUAACAUUGCUGAAAAUAACUUUUUGUCGAAGGUAAAAGAAGCUGUCACCAAGGACUCACUAGCAAAUUCUAAUAUUGGAGAUAGAAAUGAUGUUAUACCAUCCCCUUCAGAAAUUGUUAAGUCUGCUGAACCUCCAAGAGAAAAUAUAGCAUUUAACUGCAAAAUGGUUUGUGAUAAGGCUUAAAUUUAUAAAGACUGCUAUUAAUAAUAAAUAUAAACAUGAAGAAAAAUCUUUUAUUUCUGUUUCUCAAAUUAUAAUAUACUUACACAUAAUAUGAUAAUGCAUGAAUCAGCAGACACUAGUUUUUAUAUAUUUUUGUCGGAUUUGGUAGUAAAACCGUUUUUUAAUGAUUGACCUAAUAAUUGGUUUGAAAUUGCUAGUAUCAAAUAUUUUUGAAUACGUAUGACAUCAUCUCUAAAAACUUGUAAGGUUCAAAAAUUAAAUAUUGAACUAACAGGUUAACUCUGCAACAUUAUUUUCCCUAUUUCGUG